AUGGCCGACCUCCAAAUCCACGCCAACCUCGCCAUCGCCGCACCCGCCGUCCUCAUCCCCAUCUGUACCGCCACAGUCGCAUUACGAGUCUACGCUCGUCAUUUGAAGAAAGUCGGGUUGGGCGCGGAUGAUUAUUUGAUCAUGGGGGCAUUGGUCGGACUCAAACAGCUUGGAUAUCCUGCACCGGCACCAUCGACUCAGAUUGGGAAACCGGAUUCAAAUGUCGCCUUCUGGCCCGGCGAGCUCCUCCAAAUCCCCGCUCUCGGCUUCGUCAAACUCUCCCUCAUCCUCUUCUACCGCCGGGUCUUCACCCGCAAUGCCGCUCCCCGCUUCAACAUCGUCACUUGGUUUAUGAUCUUCAUAAUCAUCAUCUGGACCCUCUCCUUCUUCUUCUCCAUCCUCUUUAUCUGCGGCACGGAUUUUUCCGCCUACUGGAAAAGUACUAUCGUGGAGAAAGCCCAUUGUGUCGAUACGGAUAAACUGCACAAUGCGUUUGCGAUUAGUGAUGUGGUGACGGAUUUUGUCAUUAUUAGUUUGCCGGUUCCGAUGAUCUUCGGACUACAUCUUACUGUUGCUCGAAAAAUAGGUAUUCUAGCCAUCUUCUCCUUGGGAGCGCUCACAAUUGCAGCAUCAAUCGUGCGAAUGAUAGUAUUCAUCCAAGCCACCGCUGUGAACUACGACCCUCACGCAGAUUUCGAAUUCAUCUGCACGUCCGGGCUCUACUGGUCCCUCAUCGAAUCCAGCCUCGGCAUCAUCGCCGCCUGUCUCCCCGCACAAUACGGACUCCUCAACACGCCUGGCGUGCAAUCCCUCGUCGCCUCCGUGCAAUCCGCCAUCUCUCUGCGUUCCAUGCGCUCCAGCUCGCAACAUCCCAGCCAGUGCGACGCACACGAUUCGCAGCGGAAUCUAUACGGUAAUAUGGAUACGAAGAUGGAGCCGUGGACGACGGCCCAUGGAAGCGAGACGCAGAAUAUUAUUGCACAUGCGGAGGGGCCGGCGAGGUAUGAGCGGGAGAGAGAGUUGGAGGAGGGGGGGUUGAGGGGGAAGAAGGGGAUUGUGGUGACGAAUAGUUUCGAGAGUAGGGAGGGGUUGGCGUAG